CUCUCACAAGAAUACCGAGGUGCUUUACACCAGAAAAUCGAAUUCCACUAAUUCCACUAAUUGGGCUGAACUUCCCUUUCCAAUUCCUACCCCAUUUCGUCGAAGCAGCUAACGACAACUGCGCACGAUGCGGCGGACACUCCGACUCUUCGCGGCCGUCAAGCCCGCGCGGUACCUCGAGGCCGGCGCCCCGACGGGCCUCACGGGCCUCUUCACCCACAGCUCGCCGCGCUCCACCCUGCUAUACCUAUACACGCGCACGCUCGAGAAGCUCCAAGACGUCCCGGAGUCUUCGCUCUACCGCCAGUCCGUCGAAGCCCUAACCAAGCACCGACUCGCCAUCGUCGAAGCCGCCGAGCCCCCGGGCCACGCCGAGUGGGCGGCGCGCGCGCGCAAGAUCGCCGAGGCGAACCCGUCCCGCUUCGGCGUGGCGACGGCCGGUGCCAAUCAAUCUGCCGAGGGGUCCUUUGCGCUGCAGGUCACAUCGGGCGGCAAGCUGUUUGUGCACCGCUCGGAGCCGGCGCCUAGCGAUGACCGGUACGAGGAGUGGAAUGGGGAGAGGGACGAGGGGCCUGGGUCGGAGGGGCUGAAGGGGGCGGAGGAGCGCGGGGAGCACGAGAUGCUGUUUACGCGCGAGCCGACGGAUAGCCCGGGUGCUAAGGUUCAGUGGGAGCCGGAGCCGCAGUUGACUGCUGAUCAGAUCGAGGAAAUCGAGAGCAAGAUCGGAGGCGGCCUGAUCGAGGAGGUGUUGCGGGUGGCCGAGAACGAGUUAAAACUUGUGGAUAUCAUGCAAGAAAACAAGGUAUGGGAGGAACUCGAGGAGAAGCCUGCUGAGGGCCAGUGGACCUACUUUGAGCGCGACUCGCAAUAGAUGGAUUCGCAUCGCCGAGUUUCUAAGUCCGGUUUAGAAGUUCCGUAAAUUGCUUCCGUGCGGUAUAUCACGGGGCAGGUGUACAGUAGAUAAAAGCAUGUACAUACGGAAGAUGGUUCACGUUAUUGGACGCUUUUAAUGCUACCACCGCAUGGAUUAGAAAUGAAAUGUCGUGUCCAUCGUCUAAACGUAGGAAAAGAUAGUGACUCUCUAGUCUUGGGGAAGCUGUCUUGCUGCGUUUACUUUUGGUUGAGUUUUCUCUUGUCGAGUCUAGCUUAACGAAGAACCCAUGUACGUCAUGAUUCGUUAGGAAUGGUAAGACUUUGAAUUAUUUGAGCUUCGUAUGAUGAAUAUCCCGUGGAUUUGAGCUAGUAGCCAUUCCAGAGCAGAUAUCUCCGUGAUUCAAAUAUGAGCCUAC